GACAGCUCAUUGUCCUAGAAAUCUGCAGUGUUUUGUUUGUUUGCAAGUCAUUGUCGGUCCUUGUUUUCUGUGUUGGCAAGGCGGAAGGCUGUAGAAUUCCUGUGUUGGUGUAGGUGCUGUGGUCCUGUGGUCUGCUCUGUGUGCUCAGUGCAGCCAUGCGUCUGACUGUGACAACUGUUUCUGGGGAGUUGUACCAGCUGGACGUCAGCGAUGAUCUCGAGCUGGAGAACCUCAGGGCUUUUGUUCAGGUGGAGACGGGUAUCAGCUCGGACCAGAUGAUUCUGCUGCACGACGGCCGCCGGCUGACGGACGACAAGAAGAGCCUGCGCGACACCGGCAUCAAGGAGGACGACGUGCUGCUGGUGGAGGCGCUGCAGCCGCCGGCCGCGCCGCCCGUCCAGCCGCAGACAGGUGGCGGCAGCGGCGCGACGGCGGCUCAGCAGGACGACCCGCGCUUCAUCCGUGACAUGUUCCUGGCCAACCGCGACCAGCUGGCACUGCUCAAACAAAACAACCCGCGCCUGGCCGACGCCCUGCUCAGCAACGAUCUCGAGCGUUUCACGGCGGUGCUGAACGAGCAGCAGAAGGCGCGCGCCGACCGCGAGCGGAUGCGCAUGCGGAUGCUGUCGGCGGACCCGUUCGACGCCGAGGCGCAGCGGCUGAUUGCCGAGGAGAUCCGCCAGAAGAACAUCGACGCCAACAUGGAGGCGGCGCUGGAGCACCACCCGGAGAGCUUCGGAUCCGUGGUGAUGCUGUACAUCAACUGCCGCGUCAACGGACACCCCGUCAAGGCCUUCAUCGACUCGGGCGCCCAGACGACCAUCAUGUCAGCGGCGUGCGCAGAGCGUUGUCACAUCAUGCGUCUGGUGGACACACGCUGGUCCGGGGUGGCCAAGGGCGUCGGCACCCAGCGCAUUCUCGGGCGGGUGCACAUGGGACAGAUCCAGAUCGAGGACGUGUUCCUGACGUCGUCGUUCUCUAUCCUGGAAGAGCAGCCCAUGGACAUGCUACUCGGACUGGACAUGCUGAAGAGACAUCAGUGUCUGAUCGAUCUGAAGGCAAACGUGCUACACAUCGGCACCACGUCCACGAGCACGCCGUUCCUCUCGGAGUCUGAUCUGCCGCCGUGCGCGCGGCUCAGCGGCGGCACGGAGUCGGCCGGCGAGCCCAUGGAGACGGCCGACGCCGAGAUGGCGCGCGCUCUGAGAGAGAGCGCCGCCGCUGCCUCCGCCGCCGCGUCGGGCGCGGCCGGUCCGUCCGCCCCCACCCCCGCUGCCGCCCCCGCUCCCCCCUCUGCUGCUGCUGCUGCUGCCCCGGCCGCCCCCGCCCCCGCCGCCGCCGCCGCCACCGGCGCUGGAGAUCAGCUGACGCCUACCGACAAGUUUUCCGAGGCUGACGUGGCGUCAAUAGUCAAACUGGGAUUCACACGUCAGCAGGUCGUCCAAGAGCUAAGAAGGUUUAACGGCGACACGACCCAGGCGACGGGCGCGCUGCUGGCCCGCUCGCUGCAGCUGCCCAAGCCCUGACACCGCCUGCCACCCGGUGGGGCUGGGGUGACGGGGAGGCCGGGCACCGACCGUCGCCCGCGAUCUGACUAUGCGUCCGUCCAGCGGUGGCGACGGCCGGGAGGGAGGGAAUGGACGGGGUUUUAAGGGACUGACGGACCUGGGGCGAACUGAGAGACCGUUGGGCUCUGACAGUCAUAAUAUGACCGGCGGGAGGGUGGAACUACGGCAGGGCUGCGAUGAGACUGUCGCGGGGCUUUGGUUGGACUGUGACGAGCCGUAACUGGAUGUGGCGUGGUCGGCAUUUGGCCAGUGGAGCCGGUGUGGGAUUCUCAGCCCGUCCUCGGCGUAUGACCGUGUUCAAAGGGCGGCAGUGUGAAGCGGGUGGGUCAAACCACGUCCCGUCCCGGCCACCGACCGACAGACAAAUCACCGAGUGGAUGUAAUUGGCUGUUUACUGCCGCGAGGCCCCUCCACAGGAGCUAUCAGUUUUGUAUGCGAAAUAAUACUUUUGCAAUCGUAUGUCAAAAAUCAUGAAAUGUAGACAGGCGACGGCCAGAUCAUGAUAUUCCAUCUCUGGGUGUUUCACGACUGUUCGCGAAUACCUCAUCUCAAAUAUCUCAAGUAGGCUACAAAGGAGCACAAUCAAUUUCAUGCAUCUGCGUAUUAUGUUCCAUGAUGGUGUUGAGCAGUGAGCUCUUUCCAGUGUACGUGAAAACCAUAUUUAAGCGUGUGCAUUUCAAUAUAUAACGUGACUGAU